ACAUUUUUAAAUUCAAAAUACACUGCUGAUUUUGUCAUCAAGACACUAUCUAGCGCGCUCUUUUUCACUUUGUUUGUGAUAAAAUAUAUAUUUUUCGCUAUUAAUACCGAAACUGUAAAAGAUUUAUUGAUUCAACUUCAAUAUGUGUACGACCAACUAAAAGAUGAAAAUGAAAGCGCUAUCGUUGAAAAAUAUGGCUAUAAUGCGAAACGUUAUACGCUUGCGCUUACAACACUUUCUAUUUGUAGUAUAUCUGCUCUUAUUGUUGUACAAUUUUGGUCGAAUAUAAUUAAUAUUAUUUUAUCGAGAAACGUCUCUCAAUCACAUCGUUUGCCGAUUAUGACUGAAUAUUUCGUCGAUCAAGAAAAAUAUUUCUUUUUUAUUCUGCUACACUUAAAUGUAGCAUUAUGUACAGGAUUAGCUGUAGCUGUAGCAACUGGGUCGAUGCUUAUUGCAUACCUUGUACAUAUCUGUGGACUGUUUAAAAUCUCUAGUUAUCACAUCAAACACGCAAUGAGAGAGAGUAUGUUACGAAAUUAUAGUCCGAAGAGCGAUAUAUUGAUAUUAGAAGAAAUAAGAUAUGCCGUAGAUUUACAUCGGCAAGCUAUGAAAUUAUCCAAAACUUUGGUGUCCAGAUUUGAAAAAAUGUUAUCCUGUUUAAUAGCAGUAGGAGUAACAUCACUGAGCCUUAAUCUCUUUCAGAUAUUUCGAGUUUUCUCGAUCGCAGGUAAUGUCGAUGAAAUUCUUGUCCCUUCCUUAUUUGCAUUUGCCUGUAUUUUAUACAUGUUCUGCGCCAAUUAUAUUCCACAAAAUUUAACGGAUCAUAAUAAUCUUGUAGCUGUCACCGUAUAUAACGUUCAGUGGUACAUAGCUCCUUUAUAUGUACAGAAACUGAUGCUGUUUUUGUUGUUAAGAAAUGCUAAAGAUUUCACUUUAAACAUCGGUGGAAUAUUUGUCGCAUCGUUAGAGUGUUUUGCUACGUUAGUGAAAGCUUCGGUCUCUUAUUUUACCGUCAUAUAUUCAACGCAAUAAUAAGGAUUUUACAUAGAUUACAUAGAUUCCAUUUCUAAAAAAGGCAUGUUAAGUCGAUUUUCGAAAGUCUCGAAGUAUUGUUGCCUCUUUUCCGCGAUGCUGAUUGGUUCUUUUAUUGCGCUCAAUUCAUGUUGUGAGCAGCUGUCAUUUGCGAUUAUUACAAAUUUUGACAGCUUGUGUGACAGUGAGAAAUGUAUAAU